GUGGCGUCUGCUCACCGCGAACGAGCACGAGAAGAGCUUAGUACGAAAAACGGAUCCAUGAAACAAACAACCUGUUGAUUCACAAAACGCCAGCGUUGUUUUUGUUGAACGGGGGAAAUGAGAGCCGUUCUUGCGUGGAAGGAAACCAUUCGUGACCAAUGUGUUUAUGACCUUGCCUUCAAGCCAGAUGGCAGCCAGCUCAUCAUCGCCGCAGGGCUUCGUGUCCUUGUUUACGACGCGGCAGAUGGGGCAAUCAUACAGCCUUUAAAGGGACACAAAGACAUAGUGUACUGCGUGGCCUACGCCAAAGAUGGAAAGAGGUUUGCCUCCGGGUCAGCGGACAAAAGCAUCAUCAUCUGGACGUCUAAACUGGAGGGUAUUUUAAAAUACACACACAAUGACUCCAUUCAGUGUGUUGCCUACAACCCUGUCACUCACCAACUGGCCUCUUGCUCCUCUGGUGACUUUGGUUUGUGGUCACCGGAGCAAAAGUCUGUGAACAAACAUAAAGUCAGCAGCAAAAUAACCUGUUGUGGGUGGACGAAUGAUGGCCAGUAUCUGGCCCUCGGCAUGAUGAAUGGAGUAGUGAGCAUACGGAACAAGAACGGAGAGGAGAAGGUUAAGAUCGAGCGACCAGGAGGCUCCUCCUCUCCUAUCUGGUCCAUCGCAUGGAACCCUUCAAAGGAUGAACAUAACGACAUUCUGGCUGUGGCAGACUGGGGUCAGAAGCUCUCCUUUUACCAGCUCAGUGGAAAGCAGAUUGGGAAAGACAGGACGCUCACCUAUGACCCGUGUUGCGUCAGCUACUUUUCAAAGGGCGAAUACAUAGUGAUGGGCGGUUCCGACAAACAGUCCUCGCUCUACACAAAAGACGGCGUGAGACUUGGCACCAUCGGAGAGCAGAAUGCCUGGGUGUGGACGUGCCGGGUCAAACCUGACUCCAACUUUGUGGUGUUGGGCUGCCAGGAUGGGACCAUCGCCUGCUAUCAGCUCAUCUUCAGCACAGUUCACGGACUCUACAAAGAUCGCUACGCCUAUAGAGACAGCAUGACGGAUGUCAUUGUCCAGCAUCUCAUCACGGAACAAAAAGUGAGGAUCAAAUGUCGUGAGCUGGUGAAGAAGAUCGCCAUCUACAGAAACCGCCUCGCUAUCCAGCUGCCAGAGAAGAUCCUCAUCUAUGAGCUCUACUCCGACGACUCCUCAGACAUGCACUACCGCAUCAAGGAGAAGAUUUGCCGGAAGUUUGAGUGCAACCUGCUGGUCGUCUGUUCCCAGCAUAUCAUCCUGUGUCAG